AUGAAGCAGGAAUUGAAGGAGAUUUCAUUGAAUUUUCAGUUUUUAAGAUCUUGUUUUGAGGAGGCCUCUUCUUGGAGUUACGAAGUGUUCUUGAGCUUUCAUGGCAAAGAUGUUCGCACCAAUUUCGCCGAUUACCUCUACCAGGACUUGGUUGGGGCUGGAAUUCGAACUUUCAGGGACGAGGAGGAACUCAGCAAGGGAAACGAGAUUGCUCCGAAACUACUCAAUGCAAUCCAGAGAUCAAUAAUCUCCAUUCCCAUCUUCUCCAAGAACUAUGCUUCAAGCAAGUGGUGUCUAAAUGAGAUAACUGAGAUAUCUGAAUGCAAAAGAAGGAGGAAGCAAACCGUGUUGCCUAUUUUCUACAAAGUUGAACCUACGGAUGUGCGAAACCAGACCGGGAGAUAUGAGAAGGCCUUUGAGGAACACCAAAAGCGCUUCGACGAGACAACAGUGCAAAAGUGGCGAGAUGCUCUGAAAGAGGUUGGGAGAUUGGAAGGAUGGCACUCUAAGAAAGACAGUUAUGAAGGAAAGUUAGUAAAAGAAGUUGUUAAAACAGUUUCAAGUAAAUUGAAAAAGAGACUACUCUCGCAUGUUUCUGAAAAGCUAGUUGGAAUUGAAUCUCAUAUAAAAGAAAUGUUGAUGCUAUUAGAUAUUGAUUCUGGCAACAGAAAAACUGUGGGAAUCCAUGGCCUUAGUGGCAUUGGAAAGACAACAAUCGCAAGGGUAGUCUGCAAUACAGUCUUUCAUCACUUUGAAGGAUAUUCAUUUGUUGAAAAUGUUCGGGAGAAUGCUGAAAAACAUGGGAUUCACUAUCUACAGAACCAACUUAUCAAAGAUAUCCUGAAAAAAGAAAACCAACAUAUUUCUGAUGUAGGUGUUGGAAUUAAAGUGAUCAAGCAAAGAUUCUGCAAAAGAAAAGUUCUUAUUGUUCUUGAUGACGUGGAUCAAGAUAUUCAAACGAGGUCUUUGGUUGGGGACCAUGAAUGGUUUGGUAUUGGAAGUAAGAUCAUUAUCAUAAGCAGAAAUAAGGAUAUUUUAAUUGCUUCAAAAACAGAUGUGAUUUAUGAGCCCAAUUUAAUGUCUUCAGAUGAUUCUCUUAAACUUUUCAGUCAUUAUGCAUUUGGAAGGGACCGACCUCUAGAAGAUUAUUUGGAUCUCUCAGAAGCUAUGGCGAAAACUAUUGGAGGACUUCCUUUGACUCUUCAAGUUAUAGGUUCAUCUUUAUUUAAGAAGGAGAAAUCAGUAUGGAAAAGCAUGUUGAAGAAGUUGCAAAAAAUACCCAAUAAUGAUAUUAUGAGAAUCUUGAAAAUAAUUUACGAUGGAUUAGAAGAUGCAGAGCAACAAAUAUUUCUUGAUACUGCUUGUUUUUUCAUCGGAAUGAAUAAAGAUUUUGCAUUUCAUAUAUGGGAAGGGUGUGAUUUUUCUCCUCAAGUAGGACUUGAUGUUCUUUGCGUAAAGUCCUUGGUAAGGAUUAGUGAAGAUGGCAAGCUAAGGAUGCAUGAUAUACUUCGGGAUCUUGGAAGGGAUAUUGUUCGUCAAGAGAGCAUAAUAAAGCCAGGGGAGCGUAGUCGAAUAUGGUCUCAAGAGGAAAUCUUGGAUGUACUGGUUAAACAGACGGGAACAAGUAAUUGUAAAGGACUCAGUAUUGACUUCAGCCGACUCAAUAUUGACUUCAAUAGUCAAUCAAAGAGCCAAUGUUUGAUGAGUGAAGGAUUUGCUGCAAUGACUGAACUAAGGUUACUCCAAGUUGAUUAUGCAGAAUGUUAUGUGAUCUUCACCAAUUCUUUUUCAGAACUGAGAUGGCUUAGUUGGAGAGGAUGCCCUGACAACUAUGCAUUAACCAAUUUUUGUCCACAAAAACUAGCGGUACUUGAUCUAUCAAAUAGUAAUAUCACAGAAAACUGGAUUGGUUGGAACUGCAUCAAGCUGGCAGUAAAUCUGAAAGUUCUAAGUCUCCCGUUUUGUCAUCAACUAUCUAGUACUCCUGAUGUUUCAGCAAAUCAACUCUUGGAGGGAUGCAACCGUCUAGAUAAGCUGCCAAAAAAAUUUUCCUGCAUGACCUCCUUGACAACACUUGAUGUAAGUGUUUGCAUUAAACUUGAAUCGCUUCCAAAUCUUCCUUCUAGUUUAAAAUCUUUUGAUGCUUCUCAUUGCAUAUUGUUAAGAUCACUUCCAAUGCUUUCAAGCCUUAAAAAUUUAGAGAAAUUGCACCUUCGAGGUUGCAUGGACCUUCUAGAUAUCUCAGGUCUUCCCUCAAGUUUGACUAGCCUAGAUGCUAGUCACUGCUUUUCAAUUCAAGACAUCUCAGGUCUUCCCCGAAGUUUGACCAGCCUAGAUGUUAGUCACUGCUUUUCAAUUCGAGACAUCUCAGGUCUUCCCCGAAGUUUGACCAGCCUUGAUGCUAGUCACUGUUCUUCAAUUCGAGACAUCUCAGAUCUUCCCUCAAGUUUGACCAGGCUUGAUGUGAGUCACUGCUCUUUAAUUCGAGACAUCUCAGGUCUUCCCUCGAGUUUGACAAGCCUUAAUGUUAGUCACUGCAAUUCAAUUCGAGACAUCUCAGGUCUUCCCUCGAGUUUGACGAGACUUGAUGCUAGUCACUGCUCUUCAAUUCAAGACAUCUCAAGUCUUCCCUCAGGUUUGACCAGCUUUAAUGUCAGCCACUGCAAUUCAAUUCAAUACAUUUCAUGUCUUCCCUCGAGUUUGACUAGUCUACAUGCUGAUUGUUGCAAGUCACUGGUAAAACUAUCAAGUACAUCAAGAGGCAUUAGAAAUUUAAAGACAUUAUGUCUUAAAGAGUGCACCAGCCUAGAAGAAAUUGAAGAUGUGAACAAGAAAUUGGACUCUCUGGUGGUCUUGAACAUAAAGGGGUGCACAUCAUUAAAAAAUUUACCAAAAUUGAAAAAUCUAAAGACUUUGAGUCUCUAUGACAAUGUCAGUUUAUCCGAUUUUGAAGGCAAGGGGAUGAACUCUCUGGAGGUGUUGAAGAUAGAAUGUUGCAGGUCAUUAAGAAAAAUGCCAAAUCUGCCAGAUUCAAAAAGGCUGAGGGAAGUACAAAUCAUAGACUGUACGGUAUUGUCAGAGAUUGAGUGCAUUGAGGAUUUUGAAUCCUUGGAGGUAUUAUCAAUUAGCAAUGCCAUAUCAUUGACAACAUUACCAGAUAUCUCAAUCCUAAAGAACCUGAGGUAUUUUAGAAUCAAGAAAUGCUACGGGAUGAAAAGAUUACCUAAUCUUUCAAACUUAAAAGAGUUGCGGCAAUUAGAGAUUGAAGAAUGUUGGAAAUUAUCUGAAAUUCCAGACCUUGACAAAUUGGAGUCCUUGGGGAAGUUGAAAAUAUCAGGAUGCAUGUUUAUGAAAAGUUUACCGGAUCUGUCAAACUUGAAAGAGUUGAAUUAUCUAACAAUUGAAGAUGAUAAUGUAGCCGAGAUUCAUGGUGUUGAUAGAUUGGAAAUCUUGAAGUAUUUGGAUAUUAGUGAAUGCAAGUCCUUGGAAAGAUUACCGGAUCUCUCAAACUUAAGAAGUUUAAAGGAGCUAAAAGCUCAAAACUGCAAGAAGCUAACUGAGAUUCAAGCUGGUAAUGGAUUGAAAUCUUUGGAACUCUUGGAUGUUAGGGGGUGUUUAUCGUUGGAAAAAUUACCAGAUCUGACCAAGUCAAAGAACUUGCAGCACCUAAAUGGUAGGUUCUGCAGGGGCCAAACCAAUACUGCUAAGAGUAAAACUCUUGAUGACUAGUUGCAAAAAUUUACAACUAGGUUUGUCAAACCUUCUGACAGACACAAUUGUGGACAUCUAUUCCUGAUGAUACGCCUAGUAUCAUUCGGUUGAACAGACAAAUUUAUUCAUGAAAAAAUUGAUAUCAACUUAUCAUCUCAACAAAAAAGGAGUCUAGUAGGUUGGCCAUCUGUGAUUAUUACCUAAAGGAAAUCAUAUCCUUGAAAGGUUUUGUUUUGGUAAAGAACAAAUAGAAGAGACCAGUCAGUCCAAAACUGUUGGGUGGACUCACCAUCCUUUGAUUAGCUGUUCAAGUAGCAAGUGUGCUUCCCACAAGACAGCCUCUAUACAGAUUAGUCAUGUGUAUCCUGCAAGCCAAUCAAAGUAAUAUCUAAGGUAUGGACUUUGAUUCGCAGACGUUAGAUUCAAUUUUCAAUAUAUCUAGUCUACAUAGUUUGCCUUCUAUUCAUGCUCAUAAUCUUCAAUAAAAUCCCCAUUUAUAGAUUAAUCUGUUUGUUUCCAUGUAAAAAAAACAGAGAAAGGAUUUUCAACUAUUUGUUUCAACGUAAAAUGUUAGGAAAGUAAUAAAAAAAAAAAGGAAAAAUUACAUGAAGGAAUAUUUUUCAUAUAAAAUAUCAUUUGCAUGGAAAAUUUUACAAUGAGAAACAUGGCCUUAGCAUGAAGGUCUUACUCCAUUCUUUCUGCUCAUGUCAGAAUGAAUAAGGAGAGCAAGGCAAAGUGUUUCAAGCACCUACUUCAUAAAUUGCAUGGCUCUAGAUCCAUUAACAAUCUUGUAUUUUAUGCUAUAGUUCCUUGUUCUGAUUUCAUAUUUUGUCAUUGAUAGCAUUAUGUUUAUUGUUUAGACUGAAAAUUACAUGCUUUCACCUCCGUGGUUUUUUAUAUUUUUUCAUUGUUAGGUACUGCAUUCACAAUGGCAUGGUUCAUGUGAAUUCAGAUUUAUCACCUAUAUUGGAGGGGUCAUCCACUUUGAUGGGAUGUUCGGAGGUGGGGAUAGCUAUAUUGAGUUUUGUAUGCAACAAAAAUCUGCCAUGGACAA